AUGACGAUUGUCACUGAUUUUGGAAAGGCGUAUAUCGCCGGCUCUGGUACCAGCCUUGCUGAGGUUCUUACCCCGAUUCCGACACCCAGUGACCCCGGCCGACUGCGCAAGUUCCUCGGAUUCACCACAUCAACACAGCUGACCCGCGACCUGAAUGCCCACCUUUUCCAGUUCUAUGGCAAAAUACCGAGACUACCGACUGUUGAGCAACAAUCCUGGCUCGAUAUCUUUGCCGCAUACUGGGAAGCUGUAGUAAAAAUAGUGAGGUAUUCAGACGGCCACCCCAGUGCAACCGCUGUCGGGAUCUUCAAUGCCUGGAAGAAAGUGUCCAACGCUUUGAUCAAGGGAUACUCUAGUGGUAUCCCCGCCUGGACUUUGCCUUGCUUGUACACCGUUGGCAAGUACUUGCGUAUCUAUGCAAUUAAGGCCGAUGUUGAAGCAGCAUCUCAGGGACCAACAGCAUCCAUGGGAUACGGGGAAGAUAGUGCUGAGGUUGUAAAGCACGAAAAUUUAGAGGAAGCUGCUCGUGUCCUCAACCGCAUGUUCACAUUGUGCUUGAGUGAUCGGGCACCAAUUGAUGAGUCCCGUAGGUGGGGUAUUUACAAUAUUACCAAUCUGUUAUUGAAGACUUAUUUCAAGAUCGACUCAAUUGGCCUUACAAAGAACCUUCUCCGAGCUCUCAAGGCUCAGUCACACGAUCUUCCAGCUCUAGGAGCCUUCCCAAAAUCCCAUAUCGUUACUUUUGAAUUCUACGUUGGUCUCAUUAACUUCUUGGAGGAGAAUUAUGUUGAGGCUGAAGAGCAUCUUAGUUUUGCCUGGAAGAUGUGCCCCUGGGAUGCCCCUAAGAACCGAGAGAUGAUUCUUCUUUACCUCAUCCCUUGCCAUUUAGUCACCACGCAUACACUCCCGAGUAAAGCACUUCUUGCUCCAUUUCCCCGACUUGAAAAACUAUUCCGUCCCCUGUCGGAUUGUAUCCGCAAGGGUGAUUUAAUCAAAUUUGACGAGGCCAUGGCAGCUGGCGAGGCAGAAUUUGUCAAGCAACGAAUUUACCUACCUCUUGAGCGAGGGCGUGAUAUCGCUCUUCGAAACCUAUUCCGAAAGGUUUUCAUUGCUGGCGGCUUUGAAGAAAACGCGCCCACAGUUCGGCGUACACGUGUGCCGGUAGCUCAUUUUGCGGCUGCUCUACGGAUUGGAACCCCUGAUGCCAACCGAACCCCAAUCGAUACUGACGAGGUUGAAUGUCUAUUGUCUAACCUAAUUUACAAGGGCUUAAUGAAAGGUUACAUCGCUCGCGAGCGAGGUUUCCUUGUUCUGAGCAAGAAUAACAGCGCAUUCCCAGGGACCGGCGUGUGA